UAGGCUCCUGCUGUUUAACGUUUUCUCUGGUAUGAAGGAGAGCGCUUUUUGAAGCCAGAUCCAAUUUUACUUGUGAUUUUAACAUCAUAGUUCACUAUUUUUAGGUAUCUGCUCUGCUGUCAAUGUCAUGAUCCACAUGUGCAGUUUGUAUAGAAUAGUACACCAUAGACAUGACCAAGCAGUUUCAGGAAAACAAGAGAAGCAAACGUUAUCUCCAGAUCAGGUGACCACGGUGUAGUUCGAGCAUUUGGCCGUAUGUAGUUUAAUUAAAUUGAGUUGUUCAGAAGAUAGACUAUUACACAAUCCUAUCAAAAAGAACAGAACUUCAACAAAACUCUACAGUGUGCCCAGUUUUGAUUCGAUCUUGUAGCUUUCUGUGUUUGCAAGAUACAGUGAACGAAGCCUGUUGUGUGGUACUGCAAUUGCAGAACACAUUCUCAAAACACAAGUCCCACACUCAACUGGGAGAAGUGACUGGGUUUCCUAAGCUGGAAAACCUCUGGGAUUGAACAUGAACUGGGCUCAUAAGACAUAACCAUUUUACUGCACUGCCUUGAUGUAGAGCAGAGGCUGGAUUUGUGAGUGGCAAGAAACAAAACUAAACAUACAGUACUAGUGCUAAAGCAGUUUCUGUCUGGAUUGUGAGGUUACAGUGAACAAUCCUGAGAAAGAAAAAGCCCAUGCUGUCUGCAUUCACUGCUUCAUGACCGCUUGCACAAAGACUUCCAUUCCCCUUGGAGGCCUGUUCCCUCAAGAACCAGCACAUGCACUUCAUGUGAUGAAGCCUGUGAUCUCAAACAAAUAGUUUUUAUGGAUAAUUCUGAAAGCUAGGUCAUUAUUUGCUUACAAAUAGCACAAAAAAGCCCUUUAUCCUUUUAAUGAUUAAUCUCCCCAAAAUAGCAGUAUUAGUUUGGUUUUGUUAUUAAGGUAAACUGCAGUUUUUUUCUCAUGGGAUUCAGGCUUCAUUCCAAUUUGUUUUAGGCAGUUCAACAACUAGGAUAAAAAAAAAAAAGAAUGCAGACAUCAUCUGAAGAUUGAUUCUCGUGAAGUGUAAUAAUAAUAAUAAUAGUAAAAUAUUGAAAACGAGACCCACGGUCUUACCUCAUGCCAAAUAAGUUAUCUGAAUAUACUACUAAAAGCACAAAUCAAAUAGAAGGUGAAAUGUAUCGCAUAUACCUACAAGACAGCAGAGUACUCAAAUGAAAGAAAUGCUUUUCCACUGAGAAGGUACUGUCAGCUGAACUGUCAAACUGAAUCGCAUGGACUGAACCACAAAGUUCCACAAAGAAUAGUUCAAGAGAAUGUGACACAUGCACUCAUCCAUUUAGUCCAGUUUAAAAAAAAUAUAUAUAUAAAAAAAUUAAGCAGCCCAUGAAGAUAGAGACAAAUUAAUUUGACAUAGCAUAGCACAAAACAGCAGACAUCUUCACGUGGUAUUGGAAGAGUUGUCCCCUCCCCCCAAAUUUCUUUAAAUGCAAUGGUAGCAGUGGUCUUACUGGUGCUCCACAGGAACUGAAACAGAGCUCUGUUGUGCUUCAUCCCUCGGAGGCUCACAGUAAAUGAAUGACUUAACAGCAAUCACAUCACCAACCACACAUUUAUAAGCUGACUUCUCUUCCCCUUGCAGGUCGGAAGCUAUUGGGACUUUGGAGCAGCUGCAGACUGUCUUGCUGAAAUUCACACUAGUGCCAGAAGUGAACCACCACAACACUAAUGCUAAGGACAGCAGCAGGAGAUCACAAGCUGCCAGCCACAGGCACCCGAGCCGAGAUGGACAGGAGAGUUUCUUCCCUUCUGAUAACUCCAAUGCGCCAGCGGCUGUUCACCAAAGACGGGCACUGCACCCUGCGCAGCGGCAGCCAGCGUGGCUCCCCUGCCAAAGGGCUGCUCUACCUGCGUGAUAUCUGGAGCACCCUGGUGGACCUGCGCUGGCGCUGGGUUCUGCUGGCCUUCUGCACCUCCUUCCUGGCCCAUUGGCUCCUGUUCGCCUGUCUAUGGUACCUGCUGGCCCACGUGAACGGAGACCUAGGGGUGGACCACGACCACCCCCCACAAAACCACACAGUGUGCGUCAAGUACAUCACCAGCUUCACAGCCGCCUUCUCCUUCUCCCUGGAGACCCAGCUCACCAUCGGCUACGGCACCAUGUUUCCCAGCGGGGACUGCCCCAGCGCCAUCGCCCUGCUGGCUGUGCAGAUGCUCCUGGGACUCAUGCUGGAGGCUUUCAUUACAGGUGCUUUUGUAGCUAAGAUCGCCAGACCAAAACAGCGCGCGAGCACCAUCAAGUUCAGCUCCUUUGCUGUGGUGGGGCACCAUGAGGGAGAGAUCUGCCUCAUGUUCCGUGCAGCCAACAUGCGUGCGAGUCCGCUGACCGACGUGCGAGCAAGUGCCGUGCUAUACCAGGAGCGCGACAAGCAGACGCUGCACCAGACCAGGGUGGAGUUCCACCUGGACCGGCUGGGGGGGAGCGAGUGCCCCUUCUUCAUCUUCCCUCUCACCUUCUACCACCCCCUCAAUCGCUACAGCCCCCUCUACUCAGCCCUGCAGGAGGGCAGCCUGGCACACUUUGAGUUGGUGGUCUUCCUGUCUGCAGCCCAGGAGGGCACGGGCGAGUCUUGUCAGAAGAGGACUUCCUACACGCAAGCCGAGAUCAAGAUGCAUCACCGCUUUGCACCCUUUCUGGAGCUGGGUGCGCCGAGCUGCUACACCGUGAACAUGGGCAACUUCGACACAGUACUUCCAGACGGAUCACUUUCAAAGGGAGAUGGGGAGAACGACUUUAUUGUUCAAAACAACAGAGAUCAUGCAGAGACAUCUGCAGGUAAUGACUGACUGUGGGAAGAGGAGAGAAAGUGGGAUCAGCCUUAAAAAUAGCUUUGUUUCUGAUAGCCCAGCCCUAUGGGAUUUAUAAAAAAAAUUAAAUAAACCUGUAUUAAACUUCUUGGGAGAAAUGGAGGUUGUUUUCAUUUUCAGUUGUCAUUUGUAGAAAAAGAAAAAACCAUCAUCAUGUCAUGUAUAAUAGCAACUUUUUUUCAGGUCACACAAAAGGACAAAACAGUUUUCAAGCUGUUUGUUUUUUUUGUUUUUUUUUUUUUAUCUCCCUCAACUUUUUAGUUUGAGCAUUUAAAAGCUUCUGUUAGGUCCUAAUACAAUUUUUUUGCGUAAGACAAAGGAAUCUUGUAGCCUACACAUGCUAAUGACAAUUGUGUUUCUUCAUUAAGUUUAUUCAAAGCCUCCUGUCUAGCUUGUUAGAGAAAAAAAGCCCAGCAUCUGCUUAUUACAAUGUGCUGUAAUAAAGUUGCUGAAAGGAAUCAGCUUGCAUCCAGUUGUUUCAUUUCAACUAACAUGUCAUCUAAACUGGAGACUACUUGCUAUUGUGGUAACCGUAUCGGCGCCGAUUCAAACCACACCUUUUCUACUUUAUUUGCUAAACUCAAUUUAAGACAGAUUGAACAUAUAUAGAACCCUGAGGAAGUAACCUUUAGUCUACAUUUUGUGGGUGUGUAUGGAGAGAUUUUCUUCAAGCAGAAAAAAGUAAAUUACAAAAAUUAAUAUUUCAAUAUUUUCUACAGGAUUUGAGGAUAACAUUCAAGGUCCUUUACUAGUAAUAGAGACACUGUACUGACCAAUCAUGUUAAAUUAAAUCUGAUCCAUUUUCUAAUAUCAAAUCUACUAAUAAAACACUGUUCUGCACAUUCACUUGUAGAAAGUGCUUUUACUAAACAGGCUUGAUUCUGUACUCGACUUCUGACAAAUCUGAAUUCAGAUUGGGAGUCAUGCUGCUACAGCGUGAAUAUUGUUGAAAUUUAUGUGAACAAAAGAUGAUUGUAUGGACUUUAUUUAUUUUUAACUAUAUGCGCAAACUACUUAAAAACCAAAACGCUAAGGGCAGACUUUAUAUAGUUAACAGGCUUCCAAGCCAAAGGCUGGGAAGCUAUUAUUACAGAUUAAAAAAAAAAAAUAUAUAUUUUUCUUCCCA